GCUAUGAAGCGGGACGUGCGCAUCCUGCUGUUGGGCGAGGCCCAGGUAGGGAAGACGUCGCUGAUCUUGUCGCUGGUGGGCGAGGAGUUCCCGGAGGAGGUUCCUCCCCGGGCAGAAGAGAUCACCAUUCCAGCAGAUGUCACCCCUGAGAAGGUUCCCACUCACAUCGUAGACUAUUCAGAAGCGGAGCAGACAGAGGAGGAACUAUGGGAUGAACUUCACAAGGCAAACGUGGUAUGUGUGGUAUAUGAUGUCUCAGAAGAAGCCACCAUUGAGAAGAUUAGAACCAAGUGGAUCCCACUGGUGAAUGGGAGAACCGACGGGGACCCCAGGGUCCCCAUCAUCCUUGUGGGUAACAAAUCAGACCUGCGGCCAGGGGGCUCCAUGGAGGCUAUACUACCCAUCAUGAGCCAGUUCCCUGAGAUCGAGACCUGUGUGGAGUGCUCAGCCAAGAACCUGAGGAACAUCUCUGAGCUGUUCUACUAUGCUCAGAAGGCCGUGCUACACCCCACAGCCCCACUGUACGACCCCACUGCCAAGCAGCUGCAGCCUGAGUGUGCCCAGGCCCUCACACGUAUCUUCAGACUCUCAGAUCAGGACCUGGACGAGAUGCUCAGUGACCAGGAGCUCAACAGCUUCCAGAAGGCUUGUUUCGGACACCCACUGGCCCCACAGGCCCUGGAGGAUGUGAAGAUGGUGGUGAGCAAGAAUGUGGUGGGUGGUGUGCAGGAUGGUUGCCUGACACUGGAUGGUUUCCUCUUCCUAAACACGAUCUUCAUCCAGCGAGGCCGUCACGAAACCACCUGGACCAUCCUGCGGCGCUUUGGCUAUGGGGAUGCCCUCCAGCUCACUGAUGACUACCUCUACCCGCCGCUUUCUGUGCCCCCGGGCUGCAGUGCAGAGCUCAACCACUUCGGCUACCAGUUCCUGCAGAAAGUCUUUGAGAAGCACGACCAGGACCACGAUGGCGUCCUCUCACCCUCCGAGCUGCAGAACCUCUUCAGCGUCUUUCCAACAUCACCUUGGGGCCCUGAGCUUUCCCACACAGUGUGUACUGCAGCCAGCGGCCACCUCCCACUGCACGGGUUCCUCUGCCAAUGGACCCUGGUGACCUACCUGGAUGUGCGGCGCUGCCUCGGGCACCUUGGCUACCUGGGGUAUCCCAUCCUCUUUGAGCAGGACUCCCAGACCAGUGCCAUCACAGUUACCCGUGAGAAGAGGCUGGAUCAAGAGAAGGGACAGACUCAGAGGCACGUUCUUCUGUGCGAGGUGGUGGGGGCACCUGGUGUGGGCAAGUCUGCCUUCCUGCAGGCCUUCCUUGGCCGGAGCUUGGGGAGCCAGGAACUCCCGGCAGAACCUUCUGUCUAUGCCAUCAAUACAGUGUUCGUCAGCGGGCAGGAGAAGUACCUAAUACUACAAGAGGUGGACACGGACAGUCUAUGGGACACCACAUCAGAUGCCACCUGUGAUGUUGCCUGUCUGCUGUAUGAUCGCAGAGACCCUGAGUCCUUUGAGUUCUGCACUGGGGUCUAUAAGCAGCGAUACCUGGACGCACAGACCCCUUGCCUCUUCAUCUUCUCAAAGUCCGACUUGCCUGAAGGCAUGGUGACACCUGGCUCAUCCCCAGCUGAGUUCUGCCGCCGGCAUCGGUUGCCUGCCCCUAUCUCAUUCUCCUGCAUCAAUUUGGAUACAUCCAAUACGGCUGUCUUCAGCCGGCUGGCCACCAUGGCCACUUUCCCACACCUGGUGCAAGCCGAGUUGCACACCACCUCCUGGCUCCGGGUAAUGCUGGGAGCCACCGGGGCUGCCCUGGCUGCCAUCCUGAGCUUCUCCCUCUACAGGGUCUUGGUGAGGAGUCGAUGA